AUGAUAUCCACUCUGCUGAUCUCCCUGCUCCUGUUCGCGGAGACCGACGCCGGUUUCGGGCCUCCCCCUGGAACAGACUUGCGCCAUGCCCUCUUCGGAGCCCCCUGUGACUGUAAAGGCGGCAUCAUCACUGUUAUGCCUACCGCCUUUACUCGAGCCAUUGAUUGCGGCGACAAGAUAGCUUACCUCCAGUACCACCACACCGGCACGGGAAUCUCCAGACAAUCCUACCAAUGCGUAAGAAAAGUCAAAAUAAUCCCCCAGAAUAAUGGCAUCCCUGGACCCUGUCCCUCUGAUUGUGUUUACCUCCAGGCCCUUCAUUCCUUGUGCUACACUAGCACACAGCAAUGUACAGGCAAAUCAGGCACUUAUCUCACCUCCCGCCAACAAAGGGCGUAUGGGGGGAGCACUGGAGGCGACUGGGGCCCUAUUCAGAUCUCAGGUCCAACUAACAAAUAUGCCCAAGCCUCUUGUGACAAAAUUAACAUUGGGAAAAAUGUCUGCUGGUCACUCCACGCACCCAUUCACGUCUCUGAUGGCGGGGGCCCUACUGAUCAAAUCAGAGAAAUGGAGGUCAAAGAGCGCGUGGACGAAAUUAUAAGAGCCAUGUAUCCCCCUUUACAAUACCAUCCGCUAGCUCUACCUCGAGGACGGGGUGUGGAUCUUGAUGUCCAGACCUAUGACAUUCUUGCUUCAACUCAUAAGGCGCUCAAUAUUACCAACCCUGACCUUGCAAAAGACUGCUGGCUCUGUAUGACCCUGGGCACCCCAAUGCCCCUAGCCUUACUGACACAUGAUCUCUCUUUUGCCACCAAUUGCACACUUAGCCCUCCUUUCCGGGUACAGCCCAUGCGACCUCUCUCUGCCCCCUGCAUAGAAGCUCCUUUUCGGAAUUCUUCCUAUGAUCUUAAUGUAGGCCAUGCAUCCUUUGCUCUUUGUACUUCUAAUCACACCUUUAACUACACCGUAGAGCGGACACCUCACCUCCUUUGCCCCACCCCAGGGAGAGCGUUCGUAUGCGGGGGCAACAUGGCUUUUCUAGCCCUGCCUUCCAAUUGGACGGGCCUCUGUGUACAGGCCUCUAUCCUCCCUGACAUCAACAUUAUUUCAGGGGACCAACCGGUCCCACUGCCUAGCAUAGAUUAUAUUGCUGGAAGACCAAAAAGAGCCGUGGCGUUCAUUCCUUUAUUAGUAGGCCUCGGAGUAGCAGGAGCCAUGACCACCGGAUCUGCGGGGUUGGGUGUAGCAAUUCACUCAUAUGCCAAGUUAUCUAACCAAUUGAUUAAUGAUGUCCAGACCCUCUCAGGGACUAUCCAUGAUCUCCAGGACCAAAUUGAUUCCCUUGCGGAAGUAGUACUUCAAAACAGGAGAGGGUUAGACCUGCUCACCGCCGAACAGGGGGGAAUAUGUCUAGCCCUACAGGAAAAAUGUUGCUUUUAUGCCAAUAAAUCUGGCAUGGUAAGGGAUAAAAUUAAGAAAUUGCAAGAAGAAUUGGUCCAGAGGCGUAAAGAGCUUUUAAAUAACCCCCUCUGGAACGGUUUACAUGGGCUUCUCCCAUACCUCCUCCCCCUUCUUGGGCCUCUGGUGGGUCUUCUCUUGCUCCUUUCCUUUGGCCCCUGGGUUUUUAACAGAUUAACCACCUUUGUUAAGUCUCAAGUAGAUUCAGCCAUUGCCAGGAAGAGCCACAUAUUUUAAAGCAGACUACAGGAACAAGACACCACUGAACAGCAGGAAGAGCGACUACAAUUCACGGAAGACCUUCUGAAGGAGCCCUGGCAUCGGCGUUGGAAGACAAACCUUUAUGCCCUGUGCUAUAAAGCCAAUCAACCUCUUCCCCUUUUUGCCCGGCCAGCUUCGCCUUAGCUCUGUCACUAUCAAUAAACUUCCCCUCGAAACUCACUCCACUUACCCCCACUCUUCCUGUGUACAAUCCAGUUCACCCUCUGAAGGACGGCUGUGGCUGAGCCCAUGACGGGAUUAUUGCAACCCUGAAUGAAGGAUGAUUGAGGUCUGGUUGAAACUGGCCGUAAGACCCUCUGAUCACCAUGACGGGCAACCUCCAGUGGCGCGAGUCGCAGGGCUGUAGUACCCUACUGUAGACACCCCGCCCGGAUGACCUAAGACAGUGAUCAAGGGCGGGCUCUGAAAAUCCUUUAUACACCAGACGCUCUCACCUCAUUAUCAGAACCAAGUUGCAUAGCCUAAGACAGGCCAGUCACCCUUUCCUUAAAAUAAAAAUGGGGGACAUGCCGGAGACUGGAAAAUCGCCUUACCCCUCCCCUCUGCCUGACCCGCGCCCUCUCCCUUCGCUAGCUUUCAUUUCUCGCUUAGCUUUCAUUUCCUGGCUAACUCUCGUUUCUGGGAUAUGAUGCAGGCCUGCAUCCAAUGCGUAGCCACGCCUCUGGGGACGUGGCAUCCUGAUAGCAUGCUCAUAAAAACCCUUACCA